AACGACGUCCGUCUCGAUUAGUCGACAUCGAACGUCAGCCAUAUCUCUCUCUGGUGGCGAACAGGUGUACGGCUAGGAGCGGUUUGAGCGCACGGUUUUAUCAAACGCGGCAAGUUUUUUCACGAAAGAAGAAAAAGAAAAAUGGCUCGAAUCGCCGCCGUGAAGGAGUAUCUCGAGAAAGCGUUGAAGGACGAGAGCAAGCCAUGGACGAAGAUGUUCGCCCUCGCGGAGGAGAAAACCGGCAUCGAUCGGCUGUACAUUUUCGUUGGAUCAUUGAUAUUGCUGGCGAUAUACCUCGUAUUUGGAUUAGGGCAACAACUAGUUUGUAAUAUAGUUGGCUUUGUUUACCCUGCAUACCAAUCUAUGAAGGCACUGGAAAGUCCCAAGAAAGAAGAUGACACAAAAUGGCUUACUUAUUGGGUCGUUUUUGCAGUAUUUACUAUAAUAGAGUUCUUUUCGGAGUAUAUUGUCUGUUGGUUUCCAGUUUAUUGGCUGUUUAAGUGUAUAUUCUAUAUAUGGCUGAUGGCACCAACCGAGUAUAAUGGUUCCUUGAUUCUAUAUCGCCGUAUCAUCCGUCCAAAGUUCAUCCAAUAUCAGCCUGGAUUAGACAGAUUUUUGUCUACUGCACGUGAUACAGCAGUUAAAACUGCAGCUGAUGCAUUGUUAACCAACAAGCAAGAUUGAAUGAAGAAAGCUGUAAAUCAAACAAAAAGAAAGUCCAUUUGUGUCUUUUCCUUUUUACUCAUUCCUAGCAGAGAGAGACAGUGUGUUUUUGUGCUUUGCUGGAUAUUAUCGAAUAUUAUCGAAUAUUAUUAACAAUUAACAAAAACAAAAAAUGCCAAGUGGAAAAUUUUAUUAUCUUAGUUACAAUAAGCAACUGUCAAAUCAGGGAUCAGGGAAAACCAAAGCUGUCCAAAAUUGUGAAUAGAUAGCGAAUAUGAAGGACGCACGAAACGAGCCUCCCUCUGAAAAAUAAAUCAUUUACAGUAUAA